AUAAAAGUUGGAUGGUGAAAACGAAAGUGUUGAAGUGGUGGAAACGGAACUAUGGCGUCUGUCGGUCAGUCUGAAGAGGGAAACUUCUCUGAGAGUGAAUCUAAUGUCAGUGAAGAGUCAGACAGUGAGGAUUCUUCAGAUUUAGAAGCUGACUGUCAGGUUUAUACAAAGGAGCCCUGCAAGUAUUACAACAGUGGUGGCUGCAGGGAUGGAGGCAGCUGCUCUUACCUGCACAUCUGCAAGUAUUAUCUGAGUGGAAACUGUCGCUAUGGGUCCAACUGUAAACUUAAUCACAAUAAAAGUGGAGGAAGACAGUCUUCUGGUGCAAGCAGCUGGGCUUUGGAUGAAUCCACAUCCAAUGGCCCAAAACUCACUGAUGGUCGAUACUAUCAGUGGCAGCUAAAUGAUGGAAGCGGCUGGAAGGAUGUUGAUAAUGAUCACGUUCUGGAGGCUCAGUACUCGCUGCCCCACACCAAGAGCAUCAAAAUCUACAACACACCAUACGGGGCAGUGAGUGUGGAUUUUAACAGAAUGAGGGUGCAAGGAAAGAGGCUGAAAGUGAGACGUUUGGAUGACGGUAACACAGUGUGGAUCUGGUACUGCACCUUACAGCGGAAGUGGAUGAAGUAUGGAGCCAAGGAUUCAAAGGGCAAACCCGGUCCUGUGAACAGUUCUGACAUAGAGAAGGAGUUCCAGAGUAACCCGACAAGCUCUUUUACAUUCAGUGUUGGUGCUCAAACCUAUGAAAUUAGAUUCAGAGAAAUGCGACAGGUGGGCAAAAAGAAGAGGAAAGUAACACGUCGACCAGAAUACCGACAACAACAACAAGCAGCGGGGGGUGUUUUUCAAGCAGCUUCAGUCCUCCAGAAUUUGGCUGUGGGCUCCAAACCUGUGUGGCAGUUUGAGGGAGACAGUGGAAGAUGGCACGAGUUCAAAGACAGACGCGGCAAUGAAUGCACAGUAACCAGCGAUGACAUGGAGAGAAAAUACCAGCAAAACCCCCGAGACAGCAUGAUCUUCACAGUGAAGGGACACUCCUACAAGCUGGACUUUGGAGCAAUGAUCCAGACCAACCUGAAGACCAAGCGUACACGCAGGAUCAGACGUGUGAUGGUGUGAGCAUUCAAGAGGAUUUCACCACUUGAAGACGACUGUGCAAUGCUGCACUUCAUGCAAUAGUAGUUCUAAUCUAUAAUGUAAUUAUUUUGGGUGUUUGGAGCAUUUUUUUGUAUCUUUAUUGGCCUCAUUAAGGGAAAAGUGGUGCUGUGUUUAUAUUAAGGAGGAAUUCAGGGUGAGACUGAAUCUCACUGAAGCCUUUACAUGCUGCCUGACAAUCUUAUACUCAGGUAAUAUACUGUACCAAGGUGCCUUUUGCAAAGGUUUUGUUUCAGGUCCUUCUAGCAACUGGAACCACUGUGGUUUUUACUUUAAUUUGCCUGACAUGAUGUACUUCACACUGCCAUACAGGAGAGAUGCAAUGAUUUUUGGUGCAAAAUGUUAGAAAACACAUAAACUACAAGGCAAACACUCCUGAAAUUAUAAGACAUGAUGUUUGACGUUACAGUCAAGCAGCAACAUAUCAGCACACUGAGAAUAGGAUAGUGCUGACUGAGGGCUUUUUUAUUUUUUUACAUACUUCAGAUGUGCAAACUGUAAGCCUUCAAUGGUUACAUUGUGUUUUAGGGUUUGCUCAGCUUGAUAAUGAUACAUUCUGCUUUUAUCCAAUGUUUCAACAAGACCUGCACAGAGCUGGAGAUCAUGGCCUGCUAUUUUUAAUAUUGUUUCAUGGGAAUAAAAAAUAUAUAUAUUGAAAAUUUAAAA